AUUGCUUUUCACUUAUCUGCCUAACUUAGUAGUUUGCAAUUGACCUGUUCAAGUGGUCCAUUAAGAACCAAAUAUCUUGACAAUAGUUGAAUUCUCCUAGGAUCAUCCAAUAGUAAAUAUGGCAUCUAAGUCAAUUAACAUUGCCUUCAGGUCUGCAGGACCUAGAGCCCGCGCAAUUACUUCUCUCCGCUGUUCUCAGCGACCGUCAGUCCUCCACAGACAGCCUGUGUUUCGGCAAGCAAACUUGAGGUAUGCCUCGGAUACUGCCGCAGAGGCAACGGAGGCCGUGAAGGAGGUGCCCAAGAAGGCAGGCCGGGGACUCCGGAGGACCGUGAUUGGUACUUCUUUGGCUCUUACCCUUUUAGUUGGCUUCGUGUAUGGAACGGAUACUAGGGCUAGUGUUCAUCGGUAUGGCGUGGUGCCUCUGAUUCGGCUGUUGUGCCCUGAUGCGGAGGAUGCGCACCAUAUUGGUGUGGAUGCGUUGAAGAAUCUUUACAAGCUUGGACUUCAUCCUAGAGAACGAGGUAACCAGGACGGUGAUGGCGUCCUCGCGACCGAGGUCUUCGGAUACACCCUUGCCAACCCGAUUGGUAUUUCCGCUGGACUUGACAAGCACGCCGAUAUCCCGGACCCUCUCUUUGAGAUCGGACCUGGAAUCGUUGAAGUGGGUGGUACCACUCCGCUACCACAAGAAGGAAACCCCCGACCUCGUGUCUUCCGGAUCACAUCCCAAAAAGCUAUGAUCAACCGAUACGGUCUCAACUCCAAGGGCGCCGACCAUAUGGCAGCUGUUCUGCAACAGAGAGUCCGCGACUACGCAUACGCCCAUGGAUUCGGAUUGCACGACCUGGCUGAGGAGCGUGUCCUGAACGGCGAAGCUGGUGUCCCCCCAGGCAGUCUCCGGCCAGGACGACUCCUCGCUGUUCAGGUCGCAAAGAACAAGGUUACCCCAGAUGCCGACAUCGAAGCCAUCAAGCGUGACUAUGUGUACUGCGUUGACCGGGUGGCCAAAUACGCCGAUAUUCUUGUGGUGAACGUUUCGAGCCCGAACACCCCCGGCCUGCGUGAUCUCCAGGCGACUGCCCCUCUUACCGCCAUCCUGAAGGCUGUCGUCGGCGCAGCAAAGAGCGUCGACCGCAAAACCAAGCCAUAUGUUAUGGUCAAGGUCAGCCCCGAUGAGGAUGCAGACGAACAAGUCUCUGGCAUUUGCGCCGCAGUCCAGGGCUCUGGCGUCGAUGGUGUAAUUGUGGGAAACACAACUAACCGCCGUCCUGAACCUCUGCCGAAGGGCGUACCUCUCCCCUCGAAAGAACAGAGCACCCUGAAAGAGACCGGCGGUUACUCUGGCCCUCAACUCUUCGACCGCACAGUGGCCCUGGUAGCUCGGUACAGAGCUCUCCUUGACCAAGCGCCCGUUACCCCGGAACUCGCCGAAGCUGCCCAAGAGGCUACUACGAAACUGGUCCAGGCGGAACCUGACUCGGAAAACGUUCCUCCAGUGGAAACGCCUAACCCCACUAACCAGUUCCCCCGUAAAGUCAUCUUCGCUUCGGGAGGUAUCACCAACGGCAAGCAGGCUCAGGCCGUCCUUGAUGCUGGUGCCUCCGUUGCUAUGAUGUAUACGGGCGUUGUGUUUGGUGGUGUCGGCACUGUGACUCGUGUAAAGCAGGAGAUGCGCGAGGAGAAGAAAGCUUAGAAAGUUUCUAAAUGGGAGUGGCCGUUUUUGAGGAAAGCGCGUGUAAAU